CUAAGGAAACAGGAAGCUAAAAAAAAAAAAGAAAAAUCUUGUCAACUAAAGUGGAGGUGAGCUGCUGCUGCACAUUUCUCGUCUUCUCUCUGAGGUAAACGGAUAGAAAUUUAAAUCUGGUCGCCGCUAGUGAGAAGACCAAAAAAAACAACAAAUAAAAUAAAAAAAUGGGGUGCUUCUUCUCGAAGAAAUCCAAACGAAAGUCGGGCGAUAAAGAGGAUCGUACGCCGACGACGACGACCGUUGAAACUACGACGACCGUUGAAACCACGACGACAAGCAACGCGGUUCCCCUUGGCAACAGCACGGACGAAGCGCCGAAGCAGUACAGCUGGGACAAGAGGGAGAAGGUUGAUCCUAAGGACUACAUGCUGACAGGGCUGAAAGAUGUGACGGUGGGCCGUCUGCCUGGCAAACUGAACGGGCAACAGUUUGUCAUCCAAGAGUGCGAGAACUGCAACAUCUACGUGUUGGACCACUCAGCGACGAUCACCAUUGAUGACUGCGUCAACUGCCGCAUUGUUCUCGGACCUGUCAAGGGCAGUGUGUUUUUCAGAGACUGUAAAGACAUCAAGUGCGUGGUGGCCUGUCAGCAGUUUCGCACACGGGACUGUAAAAAGAUGGAUGUGUUCUUGUGCUGCGCCACUCAGCCCAUCAUCGAAUCAUCUACGGGUAUGAAGUUCGGCUGCUUUCAGUACUUCUACCCCGAGAUGGCCUUCCACUUCAAGGACGCAGGGCUCAGCAUUUUCAACAACAACUGGAGCAACAUCCACGACUUCACGCCGGUGUCUGGAGAGAACAAUUGGAGCUUGUUGCCAGAGGCUUCAGCCGUUCAGGACUUUGUACCGGUCCCAGACGCCGAGUCUGAAUUCAAGUCUGUUCGCAUCUCCAACGACCCCGCACGCAGCAUUGUGCCUUUGACAAAGGGAGGGAGGCGUAAGGACAGUGAAGAGUCCUGCCUCUUUGUUUUCUUCGCUGGAGAGUACACCACUGCAAACGCCCGCAAGAUGAUUGACGAGGCGACCGCUAAAGGUUUCGUGCUGAUCCAGACGAAGGAAGUCUCAAUGCGACCGGAAGACGUGAAGAGAGUGUUCCAGAACAGUGCGGAGGAUCUCGUGGAGUGGAUCACCAAAGGUCCCGUCAUUGCUCUCGAGCUGAACGGUGACGGAGUCGUGGAAGCCUGCAAAAACAUUGCUAAUGAAGUGUUCAGCGGGACCAAGGUUUUUGUCUCCGAUAACAAAAAUACGUCCUCCAGAGACGUGGACAGCUUCUUCAACUUCGCUGACAUGCAGAUGGGCCUGUGAAUGACCAAGUAUCAAAGAACUGUUCGUCAGACAUUGAAUCAGAUUUUCAAAACAUCCCCUGCCACCCAGUUUGGGUUGAAUAUGAAUAGUGUUUGAUUAUUAGCUUGUUAAAAUGGGGUAGGAAUGAAACAUAUUGAGGACUGUGUUUGAUAAAGCCUUGGAUAAAACAAUUCAGUGCGUCGACCACGAGUCUGCAGACUAAAAUUCACCCCCCCUACCGUCCAAAAAGAUUUGCUGUAAAACCACUUAACGUCCACUAGUUGCUAAGAGUGCUGUGAAUAUUUAUAUUUCUACGAAUGUAUUCGGUGAUUCUGUCCAUUUUAUCGAUCGUGAAUGUAGGUCUUUGCUGUAAAUGUAAUUCAUUUUAAUUUAAAGCUUUUGUUUUUCCUUACCGUCCGGCACCAUCACUGCAGCGACAAAAGCAUAAGCACAAGAAUGCCUGAUGGAAAAAAUGUUUUAUAUAUAAAUAUAAAUAUAUGAAAAUCAUAUUUUUUAUUUCUAAUGAGGACUUAUUUGUGUAUGUGGUUUAGAUUUGUUUGAAAUGUGUAUAUUUGAGACAUGCUGUGCAGAUGAUAACUGCAUCUUUGUUGAUAUCUGUUAGGGCGCAUUCAGACAGGCAAGUCGCGGCAGGGUCGUGCGGCGUUUCGCUAAAUAACCGGCUUUAUCAAGGCCGACGCUCGCUCGCUCUCAUUCACUGUCUAUGUCUCUGAAGCCAAACCAAAGGAAACUUCAUCGUGUUGCCACAUUGCAGCGUAAAUCAUGAGUCAGACACAGAUUUUAGAAGCUGGUUACGUGAAAUAAACAAAGCCAGAACACAACAGGUAGAGCAAGAGAGAGAGACACUUAAUGAUCUGAACGUCUGAUUGGCGGCCGCAGCGUGAUGUCGGGUUAUGUUUUUCCAAAAACUGGAUCAACUUCAACGCUUUCUCGUUACAUUUCUUUGACACCCCCUGCGUCCUGCACCGCCGCAACCAAAACCCACUCAAAUAAAUGGAAAACCCUGCGUUCUCGCUGGAGUCUGUCUGAAUGCAGCCGUAGGCCAAAGUUGAGUUGUGGCAGUUUGCUGUCUGUUGAGAUUUACUGAGUGUGUAAACACGUGCUGGCUUUUUAUGUAGGCAACUUGUGAUCAUUUUUUUUUAUUUUGUAAUAAUUGUUUUAUACUCUCUACUGAAUGUUUUUGUACCAACACGCGAUUCAUGUUCUUCAUCAUGUUUAGUAAUCAGGCCUUUCAUACAUGUACUCUAAUGAUUGAAAAACAAAGCAGUGAUGCUGUUUAUCGGGUGACAGACUUGAGCCAACGCAGGUUUAUAAUAACAAUAUAGUAAAUAAUCCAUCCUGCUGAGAGUAGUUUUAGUUCUCAUUUACACAAAAAUAGAUAUUUCAUGAGGAACAGUCUGUUUCCCCUUUGUAACCCGACAAACCUGUCAUUUCUUUCUUAAAUAAAGAGCAAUUUUACUUGCUUAAACAAGCUGUAACUGUAAAUGCUCCUGUCUGACUGUAUUUUCUGGCAAAACAUUUUUUCUUUGGUGCUUGAAUAUUAGACAUUAGUUUCAUUUUCUCUGAAUGGAAACUAAUUCCAGUGUUUCGAGUUGGGGAGUUCAUUAAUAGUGUGCCGUCUUCCUCAGUGAGUUAGCACAGUUAGCAGCUUUCACUUCACCUAUUUGACUUCCACGUAUGUCGGGUAGCAUUUUCAUCACAGCUUGACUUUCACCCAUUCUGAGCUGGAGGCCUGCCAUGUGUUAAUUUAUCAGUGAUAACAUGCAGAUUUAGCUAAAGUUAGAUUGUCAGUUGCCUUUGAGAAAAGGAAAAACAUAGGGGACUUGUUGUGAUGUUUUGUAUUUGUAAAUCUUUUGUACUUGAGCAUUGAGCAAUUUUUUUUUUUUUUUUUUUUGUAGAGCAAUUUGUCUUUAUGAUGCACAUUUGUCUGUAAUUUGUUGUUUCUACACUCAAAUCUGUCUUUAUAAAAAUGUCACAUUAAAAUCUGCAGAAUAUC